CGAAGAAGAAGAAGAAGAAGAAGAAGAAGAAGAAGCAGCAGAAGAAGAAGAAGAAGAAGAAGCUAACAAUACGUUGUGGAGCACACAGUCAAAAUGGUUCCAUCAAAUCUUGGGGAAGAAAUGUCUACUGAAGUAGCGUUACCACCUGAGUGGGAGGACGAUGAACGGAUGAAUUUCCUGUUCUCUGACUUUAAAGAAAACCGAGAUGUCAGCACAACAGAUUGGGACAGUAAAAUGGAUUUCUGGACAUCACUCAUUCUUAAAAUCUGCAGGAGUCGCGGAACCGUCUGUGUUAAUUUGCAGGAGCUGAACAAGAUUUUUCAGAGAAAAGGAAUUAUGCCUUUGGGUUUGGCUACUGUCAUUCAGUGCAUGGCCAGGUGUGGCAAGAUACAAAGGGAGUCAGAGUUUGCCACAAAUGUAGACUGUGGGUGGGUGUCUUGGGGUGUUGGCCUGUUGUUGGUGAAGCCUUUAAAAUGGACCUUUUCAACUCUUAUUGGUAGCAGUGGAGUUACUUUGAAGGAGUUGUUUGUUGUCAUCGAACUGGUAAAGGAGAAGGCAGCAGAAUUGCUUGGUGUCUACCGGAGCUCCCCAGUGUCCAACCACUCUCUCCUGUCCUUCCAGGAGCUCCGUACACUGUCGUCCCAUGUCUGUGUUGACGAGAGUACCUUGUGUAUGGCUCUGCUACAGCUGCAGAGGGAGAAGCAGGUGACAGUAUCACUGCAUGGAGGUGAGAAGAUUGUGAAGUUUUCUCAGCCAGGACAGAAUCAUGUGUCUCCUGUCAGUGAUGUAGACCUAGGCAUCUACCAGCUCCAGCGCAGUGAGAGACUGCUUGAAGAGAGGGUGGAGGUAUUGGGACUAGAGGCAGAGAAGUACAAAGAAGAAGCUAGGGUGUUGCUGCGGGAAGGGAAGAAAUCUCAGGCUCUAAGGUGUUUGAGAAGCCGAAAGAGAGUCGAGAAGAAAGCAGACCACUUAUAUGCCCAGCUGGAAAAUGUGAAGGGAAUCCUAGACAAGAUAGCAAACUCACAGACUGACAAACUAGUGAUACAGGCGUAUCAGGCUGGAGUGUCAGCCCUGCGACUCUCUUUGAAGGAUGUGGCAGUAGAAGGAGCUGAGAGCCUUGUGGAUCAAAUCCAAGAGUUGUGUGACACUCAGGAUGAAGUGAACCAAAUUCUGGCUGGUGGAGCACUCAACUCAACGGAUGCAGAUACAGACGGGCUGGAGGAUGAGCUAAGAUUUUUAUUGGAGAACUCUAGUCUGGAUGAGCCUUCUACGCUACCUGAAGUACCGUCACACCCUCUUUCACCUGUCAGGGAAUCUGGUUCUCUUUGUGAUGAUCUGCUGAGCGCUUUGCCCUCAGUCCCUCAAAACCACUUCAAUAUAACAGGUGAUGAACUGGACAAAGCGCGUAGUUGCAUAACGCUUGCAGAUACAGGUCUUCAACAAAAAUAUCGUACCUCUCCAGUGAAGAGUGCUGAGCCUGCACAGUGACAACAGUAAUAAAAUAAGUCAACUGCACUAACGAUCCCUGACCCUCAAAAUGUGUCUGGGCAUGGUGAUCAAAAACAAUUGCAUGAUAUGUCUUUUGUAACAUAGGUCUGUGAUCACUUUUUUUAAAGGGGGUAGAUCAGCUUUAAUAUUGCAGAUUGUAGCUUCCAUCAACGUAAUUGUCAGCAUCCCUUCCAAUCCGCCAUAUAUUUUUUUGUUUUUGAAAGCAAAAAAUAAAUUACUGUCCCUAUAAAAUAACAUCAAAUUGAUCCGAAAUAUAGUGUAGACAUUGUUAAUGGUCUAAAAGACUAUUGAAGCUGAAAACGGCAGAUUUCUUCUUUUUUUAAAUGGAAUAUCUAGAGCCCAUUAUCAGCAACCAUCACUCCUGUGUUCCAAUGGCACGUUGCGUUAGCUAAUCCAAGUUUAUCAUUUUAAAAGGAUAAUUGAUCAUUAGAAAACCCUUUUGCAAUUGUUAGCACAGCUGAAAAAUCUGCUGUUUCCAGCAACAGUCAUUUACAACAUUAACAAUGUCUACACUGUAUUUCUGAUCAAUUUAGUUAUUUUAAUGGACAAAGUCAUUUUCUUUCAAAAACAAGGACAUUUAAGUGACCCCAAACUGUGUGUGUAUAUGUGUGUGUGUGUAUAUAUAAUAUUCUAAAAAAUAUUUUCCUUUAUUGCUUUCUAACCCUAUCACCCCUCCCCUAAUUGGAAUAAACUAGUUAACAACAACGCUUAGGCUUCUACUUCCAGCUUAUACAUUUUAUGGACACUGUCUAUUUUACAAUAGUUAUACAGUGGGGCAAAAAAGUAUUUAGUUAGCCACCAAUUGUGCAAGUUCUCCCACUUAAAAAUGAGGCCUGUAAUUUACAUCAUAGGUACACUUCAACUAUGAAAGAUAAAAUGAGAAAAAAAAUCCAGAAAAUCACAUUGUAGGAUUUAAUGAAUUUAUUUGCAAAUGAUGGUGAAAAAUAAGUAUUUGGUCAAUAACAAAAGUUUCUCAAUUCUUUGUUAUAUACCCUUUGUUGGCAAUGACAGAGGUCAAACGUUUUCUGUAAGUCUUCACAAGGUUUUCACACACUGUUGCUGGUAUUUUGGCCCAUUCCUCCAUGCAGAUCUCCUCGAGAGCAGUGAUGUUUUGGGGCUGCUGCUGGGCAACACCGACUUUCAACUCCCUCCAAAGAUUUCCUAUGGGGUUGAGAUCUGGAGACUGGCUAGGCCACUCCAGGACCUUGAAAUGCUUCUUACGAAGGCACUCCUUCGUUGCCCGGGCGGUGUGUUCGGGAUCAUUGUCAUGCUGAAAGACCCAGCCACGUUUCAUCUUCAAUGCCAUUGCUGAUGGAAGGAGGUUUUCACUCAAUCUCACAAUACAUGGCCCCAUUCAUUCGUUCAUUCAUUCUUUCCUUUACACGGAUCAGUCAUCCUGGUCCCUUUGCAGAAAAACAGCCCCAAAGCAUGAUGUUUCCACCCCCAUGCUUCACAGUAGGUAUGGUGUUCUUUGGAUGCAACUCAGCAUUCUUUGUCCUCCAAACACGACGAGUUGAGUUUUUACCAAAAACUUAUAUUUUGGUUUCAUCUGACCAUAUGACAUUCUCCCAAUCUUCUUCUGGAUCAUCCAAAUGCUCUCUAGCAAACUUCAGACGGGCCUGGACAUGUACUUUCUUAAGCAGGGGGACACGUCUGGCACUGCAGGAUUUGAGUCCCUGGCGGCGUAGUGUGUUACUGAUGGUAGGCUUUGUUACUUUGGUCCCAGCUCUCUGCAGGUCAUUCACUAGGUCCCUCCGUGUGGUUCUUUGCUUUUUUGCUCACCGUUCUUGUGAUCAUUUUGACCCCGUGGGGUGAGAUCUUGUGUGGAGUCCCAGAUCGAGGGAGAUUAUCAGUGGUCUUCCCAGCCUGGUGCAGGUCUACAAUUUUGUUUCUGGUGUCCUUUGACAGCUCUUUGGUCUUGGCCAUAGUGGAGUUUGGAGUGUGACUGUUUGAGGUUGUAGACAGGUGUCUUUCAUACUGAUAACAAGUUCAAACAGGUGCCAUUAAUACAGGUAACGAGUGGAGGACAGAGGAGCCUCUUAAAGAAGUAAUAACAGGUCUGUGAGAGCCAGAAAUCUUGCUUGUUUGUAGGUGACCAAAUACUUAUUUUCCACCAUAAUUUGCAAAUAAAUUCAUUAAAAAUCCUACAAUGUGAUUUUUCUGGAUUUUCUUUUCUCAUGUUGGCUGUCAUAGUUGAAGUGUACCUAUGAUGAAAAUUACAGGCCUCUCAUCUUUUUAAGUGGGUGAACUUGCACAAUUGGUGGCUGACUAAAUACUUUUUUGCCCCACUGUGUGUGUAUGUAUAUAUAUAUAUAUAUUACUCAUGGCUUUCCUCAACCUAACCCAUCUAUUUCUGAUGUCCAUCCGGUUUGAUUUCUACUUGCCAUGUCUUUCAAACUGUGCUCUUUCACAAAAGUUCUGAACCUAACGGACAAAGUAUGUUUUUCAUUAGUUAUCUCCAUUCAACCCCUCCCAUCUAUCUCUUAAUUAACACAACCACAUUGGAUUUCUAUUUGCCAUGCAUUUUUCAACUGAACUGUUUCACAAAAGUUCAGAACCUUUUAAACUCAUUGUUUCUACAGAUUGAAAAUAAACAUUUUUGCUAAAAAUA